UGAUUAUGUUCAUUACAUGUCUAUCAGCUUUAGAUUUUGUUAUGCAACAAAUAAGAUGAACUCAACAAGUUAGUUCUUUCUAUUUGCUAAGGUUCUCUCAAAAUGUUCACUUAGUUCACCUUUAGUUAUUGUUCAUUGAAAUAAACAAUGUUACUGUGUAUCACAAAUUUAAUUGAUUUUACCUUAAUUAUGCAGCAUUUUUUUUUUGACACAUUGAAUCCUCGUAGGAUAUCCAUUGAAAAUAAUUGCCAACAUUAUUCUGUCAUAUAAUCUGAGAAACUCCAUAUAAUUAUUGCCUGUCAUGCAACCCAUCCACAGGGAGCCAUGGAACUAUUUGAACAUGUGCCGUCUUUUCUCACCAAACUUUAUAUCUUUUUUAUCUUUCUUUUCACUCAAAAAGAAUGGAGGACAUAAUUUAGGUGGAGGGAGUCGGUCGCUGGUAAUAUAUUUCGAUUCGAACCCUCGCUGAUCGAUUUGUUGGUACCACUCUAAUAAUUGCACCGGCCUAGUUUGGAUAGCCGUCACUGCUCAGCCUGUGGUAGAUGAGACCUUCGAAUUCGAGCCUCGAAGUGGACCGGUCCGAAAACGUAAACCCAACUUGGCACGAGAAUGUGCUGAUUCAAUCGGGCGAAUUCGAAAUCGAACCGAUUUGUGCUUAUAAUCCAAUCAACCCAAAGCCGAGCGAGUCGCCAAGGCCAACGUUGAACGAAGACUCUCCCGACAUGGAGGGCGGAAGAAGGUGGGAGGAGAUGCCGGCGGACUGCCUGGUCGACAUCUUCCGGCGGCUCGGCCUCCAUGACCUCACCCUCUCGGUGCCCUUCGUCUGCAGGUGCUGGCGGCGCGCCUCCCUCGAUCCCGGCUGCUGGCGGCGCCUCGACUUCCGGUCGCUUGACUUCAUGCCGUGGAGCCACUUCUCCAGGAGCUUCACCUCUUGCUACCGCCUCGGCAGCCUUUCCUUCUCCGCCUUCAUGAGGUUCGUGGUCGCCCGCAGCCGCGGCUCCGCGGCGGAGCUGCUCUUCCCCUUGUCCUUCGGCGCGUCGAUCCAAGACCUGACCUUCGUCUCGAUGAAAUGUCCGAGGUUGAAGCGUCUGGCUUUGCCUGAUAACUUUAUGCUAGAAGACGACCUGCUCAUCCCGGAGCUCGUCGGGCGAUGGAGAGACCUCGAGCAGCUCGAGAUGGAGACGAAGCCCUCCUCCUUCUUGGAGAUGAUCGCCGUGAUCGGCCGUAACUGUGGCAGGUUCGGCCGGUUGAAGGUGCGCGGUCUGAUCGGCAAGGAAGACGCGAAGGCCAUCGUGGAUUGUCUUCCGGACCUGAACCACUUGGAGCUGAGCAAAUCCUACUUGACGAAGGAGGAGUUGGUGGUGAUCGUAAAUGGCUGCAGAAAGCUAGAAAGAUUGACCGUGAAGGAUUGCCUGGGUCUUCAAGUGGACGAUGAGGUGGUCAGAUCGGCGUCAAGGAUCAAGUGCUUCGAACAUGAGGGUUCGAAGCUGCUUGAUGAUUAUGGAUAUGAGACAGAUGAAUCGGAGCAGCAAUCUGGAUUUUUCUACUGGUGAAGAAACCUACAUGUUUUCCGAGAAAAAAGUGGCCUAAAAGAAUGUUCAUUUCAUCUCUUAGUUAGGUGAGCUAACUAAGAAAAAGGAAUCGGUCAGGAUAAUUAGCUGUGUCUCAAACUUUGGUUUCAGAAGAUAAUUUAUGAGCCAGUGGAUGAGAUAUUUUAUGCUUCUAAAUUAGCAUGUCAGAUUGGUUUAUCCA